AUGCGAGAAUUCCGCUCUGGUUCUUCCCGUAUUUUGAUCUCCACCGACCUUCUUGCACGUGGCAUUGACGUGCAGCAGGGGGAGGAUCCGGAGCAGGUGACCUGGGAGCCGAAUCCUGAUUCAUCUGGUGAUGAGGUGGAGGUCAUUGAGUACCCGGAGCCUCGGAGAUCGCUUAGUGAGUUGGGUACGGUCAGUCUGGUUCCUCAGUCGGCGCUGUAUCAGCCUGUGCGUGCAGUUGGACUAGACAAGAGUGAGACAGCUGCUGCAUCAGCUUCAACUGCGGUUGACCCAUAUCGUUUCUCAGGCCCGCAGUGGCACAAGGCGUUUCCCUAUCCUGGACUUCCAGCGGUUACAGUCGAACAGGACAUUGCAAAAUUGACUGGUUCUGCAGUUGUGCUGGAUUGGCACCAAGUCCUCGACACAGACAGGCAGAGUUCUCGAAACGUGCAGUGGGUCGGACCGGACGGUCAGAUUCCCUGGCGUCACAGAGCGACGCUCUUAGAGCUUAGCCAUCUGUGUAGGGAAUCUGCUCGUCCGGUCCACCUGGUGAUCUGCAGCCACAUUGAGACAUCUUCAAAGAAUUUGGAGAACGUCAUCCACGCGACGGAGCAAAGUGGCUUGCCGGUUCAAUUGGUUCUGAUUACGACCAAACGCACGGGUCCACAGGGGAAGCUUGCUGCACUUCGCUCAGCGAUCAGUGGUGAUUUUUGCUUGUUCGACGACAAUACAGAGAUCAUUGAAGAGUUCGUAGAAGCCAGUCGUCCUAUUGCACAAGUUUUGAAGCCAAGAGCACGUCGAUCCACGCUCUUGCCAGACAACUGCAUCGGCUGGUCGAUCUCAUCUGAUCCUUUGUAUUCGACUGCAAAGCGGUUUGUAAAGUAUUUUUCCAGGUUUUCCUUCACAGAGGCCCAAUCUUCAGUUCACAACACUUUUGAAUAUCAUGAUCAGAGAUCCCAACAAGUUCAUGUUGGGGUUGAUCCCAUGGUGUUCUCAAAUAUGGUUGCUGAAGCUAGAAGGGUCAUCCAAGAGUCAGAAGAGAAAGCCCAGGGGUUAGAGCAGUUAGCCCAAGAAGUUUACCAGCAAGCAUGCAUCCGCAUUCAAGAACUUGUAGGACUUGCAGAAAGCUCUUACCAGUCCGACAGUAGCAAAGCUUCCGAGAUUGAAAAGCUUCAACAGGAUGUCCAAUCUACCCGAGAUCAACUCCAAGUUCAAAUCAAUCGCAAUCAAACUUUGGAUUUUCAGAUUACUCAGUUUGAGUCUCAGAUGUCCAAUGUUCAAAAUUUGUUUGGUCAUAAGGAUGCCGAAAUCAACCGCCUGAUGUCUGAAGUUUCCCGUCUUCGGUCGAGUGAAGCCCGACUUGAGGAGAGAUUGGCUGCUUUGAGCGCCACUCCCUCAGUCGCAGCUCCAAACGUUGAGGCACAGAUGAGGUCCAGUCUUGUUCACAGUGUGCCAGGGAAUCUUGUAGGGACAGUUGAUGGUCGAGUUGUUUAUGGUCCGAAUGAUCCUGUUGCCAAUGGUCUUCAAUCGUCCAUGGAACAAAGAUUGGAUUCAAUGAUGGCAGCAAUUCAGAGUUUGUCAGACCGAAUGAUCAACUAUGAGCAAACUGGUGCGGAUUCCAAUCCUGUUUGUCCCAACAACAGCCGCUCUCCACAGCCGUCAGGUCUCAUCAACCCAAUUGAUCCUCCUGAUCCACCUCCUGAUGACGGUGACUGGCCAGAGGAUGAGGGGGGUGAUAGUGGUGAUUUGGUUGUUGAAGAAAAGACAGAAAGGGAUCUUGUUGACAAUCACGCCCUCCAGAGUACAAAGUUAGAGCCAUUGCCCAACAAUGCAGCCGACUUCAGGGUUUGGAAAAACACUCUGAUCUUGAUGUUGGGACGCCUUGACAUCAGCGGCAUGGACUAUUUGACAAAUUGGAUCGCUAUUGCUUUUAGGGUUGACUCUGCAGAGGAGUGCUCAAACUCCUCAGGCCUUGUGCCGAGGCUUGACCGAUGGCUCGCUGCUGAGCUUAUUAAAGGUCUGAAAGGAGUUCCCGAACUGCAGUUUAAGAUCCAGGGUUGCAUCGAAAGUUGCACCCGUCAAAGCCAAGCACCCAGAGGCCGAGUUGUCAUUCACAUGAUCUCCCGACAUUUCGACUUAGACAGAGUCCGUGGGAGAGAUGACAAGCCAAAGGCGAAGACUCCUGCAGUUCCAGCCAAAGCUUCUCCUGCCAAAGCAUCCGUUGCAGCCGCUAUAAGCGCCCCAAAACUCAAAGAUGCCCCCAAAGGGCCUCCCAAAGUGCAAAGGGCAAGUCAAAAGGAAAACCCAGGAAGCCGAUGA